ACGGUACAAUACGGCAAUUACAAUGAAAACAUUCAAAAUUUAAAAAUUUAAAGUAAAAGCUUCCCCGUAAAACGAAGAUGACAAUAGCAACCAUGGUAAAUGAAACAGAUACUCUGUCAUCCUCGGUGUAACCAUGGUUAAAAAAAGAAAACCCGAGUUUAGAUUUUUUUGAAAUAUUUUUCUUCAUUUGUCCAAUUUAAGAACCAGCACACCCUCAUUUAUAACGAAGAAAAACUCCCUUCUCAUUCGCUACAUUUCUCUCUCUGGUUUUGAUAGAAGGCGUCUUCAUAAACGCCUUCGAUUUUUCACCAUUUUCUGCUCUUUCUUCUCUCAAAGAUAUAUUCAUUUCACGUUUCAGAUCUAGCUAUUUUAAGCGAAAAUGAGAGAGUGCAUUUCAAUCCACAUCGGUCAGGCUGGUAUUCAGGUCGGAAAUGCCUGCUGGGAGCUUUACUGUCUCGAGCAUGGUAUUCAGGCUGAUGGUCAGAUGCCUAGUGACACAACUGUUGGAGGAGGAGAUGAUGCUUUUAACACCUUUUUUAGUGAAACUGGUGCUGGCAAGCAUGUCCCUCGUGCUGUUUUUGUUGAUCUUGAGCCCACUGUCAUUGAUGAAGUGAGGACUGGAACUUACCGUCAACUGUUCCACCCAGAGCAGCUUAUCGGUGGAAAGGAGGAUGCUGCUAACAACUUUGCCCGUGGUCAUUACACCAUUGGCAAGGAGAUUGUUGACCUCUGCUUGGACCGCAUCCGCAAGCUUGCUGACAAUUGCACUGGGCUCCAAGGUUUCCUCGUCUUCAAUGCUGUUGGUGGGGGAACUGGUUCUGGUCUCGGAUCCCUCCUCUUGGAGCGUCUUUCUGUUGACUACGGCAAGAAAUCCAAGUUGGGUUUCACCAUCUACCCAUCUCCCCAAAUCUCAACAUCAGUUGUUGAACCCUACAACAGUGUCCUUUCCACCCACUCUCUCUUGGAACACACUGAUGUUGCUGUCCUCUUAGAUAAUGAGGCUAUCUAUGACAUUUGCAGGCGCUCACUUGACAUCGAGCGUCCCACUUACACCAACCUCAACCGUUUGAUUUCUCAGGUGAUCUCAUCUUUGACUGCAUCACUGAGGUUUGACGGUGCUUUGAAUGUGGAUGUUAAUGAGUUCCAAACCAACCUUGUCCCAUACCCCAGAAUCCACUUUAUGCUUUCCUCAUAUGCUCCUGUAAUCUCUGCUGAGAAGGCUUACCAUGAACAACUCUCUGUUGCUGAGAUCACCACCAGCGCCUUCGAGCCAUCUUCUAUGAUGGCCAAGUGUGACCCACGUCAUGGUAAGUACAUGGCUUGCUGCCUUAUGUACCGUGGUGAUGUGGUUCCUAAAGACGUCAAUGCUGCUGUGGCCACAAUCAAGACCAAGCGUACCAUCCAGUUUGUUGACUGGUGCCCAACUGGUUUUAAGUGCGGUAUUAACUAUCAGCCACCGAGUGUUGUUCCUGGUGGUGACCUAGCCAAGGUUCAAAGGGCUGUUUGCAUGAUUUCCAACUCCACCAGUGUUGCUGAGGUGUUCUCAAGGAUCGACCACAAGUUUGACCUCAUGUAUGCCAAGAGGGCCUUCGUUCACUGGUAUGUGGGCGAGGGUAUGGAGGAAGGUGAGUUCUCUGAGGCUCGUGAGGAUCUUGCUGCUCUUGAGAAGGACUAUGAGGAGGUUGGUGCUGAGGGAGCUGAGGAUGAUGAUGGUGAAGAUGAUGGAGAAUAUUAAUUCUCAUGAGUUCAGUGUAUGCUAAAUUGUCGUUGAAGGAUUGAUAUCAUUUUGUUGCAUAGUGCUUUACAAUUCUGUGAAUUGGGUGAACUAAUUUCUAUCUAUGAAAUGGUUCCUUAUGUAUGGAUUUGUUAAAAACUCCUAUAUGUUUUUGUUUGUGCUUGUUUUACCACCAUUAGUUAAUCUAUCCAUGUAUGGUCAUGCUGCAAAAUAAACUUCAAAAUACUACCA